AUUCCAUUAUGGGGGAAAAGUUCGCGUUUUGGCACCAGUUGGGCCGAUUCCAGGAACAUUUGCAAGGAUCAUUUGGACGGCUAAGCGGGGAGAUCUAAACGAACUUGCGGUGCUCGCCUCGUGUUUUCGACAUUGAAUGCUGGGAUUGAAAUCCAUGGUGCCUCCAGACAAAAUUGGUAUUGGUACAGCCCCCAGUCUAUACUAAACGCACCACAUUAAAAAUAGCAACUGAUAGACCUUUGGACAUAUAAUUAUAUCGUGUGCAACUUCCCAUGGUUUGAUGCUGUAGGUGCGACCAUCUAUUCCAUUGAUUGUCAUCCACCACCGCGACUAUGGUCAGGUCUACUCUUUUGCUAGCGGCGCUGUCUGCUAUCUCACUCGUUUCUGCCAAAUGGGUGGACUAUGAUCGCCCAGAAGACAUCUAUGCCAAAUCCGGGAUGUACUCCGUUAAGGUCAACGGAACAUAUGCGAAGACGGUCAGCUAUAAUCAGUACGACUAUCUUCAUAUAUCGAUGAGCGAAGGCCCCAGUACCGAGUUCCGAGUCGCAGCCGUUGAUGGACAAAAGAUUACAGAACAGCCAGUGAUUUCGCCAAAACAACUCCCAAUCGUAUCCAGAAUCGAAGGCAAUGAGCUGAUCUUCUCGCUCAAGAAGGUCCAUUAUCUCAUUAUCAAGUUCAAAGACAAGAAGGAACUGAUCAUCGCGAUUGAUCCUCUCGAGACGGAUGUGCCUCCAUCGAAAGGAGAUGGAAUCUUCAAUGUACUCGACUACGGUGCAGACAACAAAGGAAAGGGAGUCACUACUGGAAUUCAGAAAGCUAUGGAUGCGGCAGCAAAGAAACCCGGAAGUAUUGUCUACGUACCCCCGGGCUUGUAUCUUAUCGGCAACCUAAUGCUGCGCAAUCGCACAUCGCUCUACCUUGCAGGUGGAUCUGUGCUGAGGAAUACGGCGAAGAAAUCUGACUACAAAGUACUUUGGACCAAGUCCGACCUUGGUGACGGGACAUGGUGGAUUCAGACGGAGUUUGACUCUCAAGACAUCAAAGUUUAUGGUCGAGGAACCUUAGACGGCAACGGCAAGGCUUCAGUGGGAGCGUCGCCAAAACUCGUCGCAGAUAUAUUGGUACCAGUUGGCACGACAAACUUCAAGUGCGACGGUAUUCUCGUCCGUGAUAGUUCGUUCUGGGCUGUAUCGUUGAUCCAAGUCACCGAUGCUACUAUCACAAACAUCAAGAUCUUCGAUCGCUUCGACGUGAAGCAGAAUGAUGGCAUCGACGUCAAUGAGUCCACGAAAGUCAGAGUAAGGAGAGCGAUUGCUGUGGCCAACGAUGACAGCUUCUCCACGAAGACUUGGCCGCAGGAUGUUGGUACUACGGUUCCAUACCCUUACCCUCCUCGACCACUUCGUGACGUGAUCUUCGAUGACUGCUUUGCGUGGACCUACUGCUACGCCUUCAAGGUUGGCCAGGGCGUCUACCAGGAACAGGACGGUGUCACUUUCAAGAAUGGAGUGGUCUACCGUGCGGGUGUAGGCCUCGGUAUUCAUCACUUAUUUGGCACUGCUGCGGCCAAGAACGUUCGAUUUGAGAACAUGGAUCUAGAAAGGGUUGAGGGUGAGCCUGGCGGUACUGGAGCGUGGCUUGCCGUAUUCGUCCAUGACAACGGCAAGGGUGUUGGCCCUAUCCAAAAUGUCUAUGUCAAGAAUAUUCGAGCCCGCAAACUAGGAAAAUACCAGGCUAAGCUUGCUGGCGUUGAUGAGAAAUCCAUGGUUGACACCGUCACGUUCUCGGAUGUCUUCAUGUUGGAGAACAAGACCGCAGCAACGAACCUGGACCAGUUGAAUGUCAAGUGGCGGCAAUUUUCGAAGAACAUCAAGUUCGAUAACACGAAGUAAUCAGAGCCCGAAACUGGGGAGGCAUUAUCUCAUAGCAUACAAUUAUCAAAUAUAAUGUAAUCACAAUUCUAGUCAA